UGCUGGCACUUGUGAUCCGUCUUGGAAGAUUUGUUUACGCACCGAGCAAAACGGACGACAAAUAUGUGGAGUGCCGGGUGGAAUAUUCUGAUUUUAUCGUUUGCCUCACUUGCCUCAGCGCAAAUUCCUAAGAAAUGCUUUCCACCAUCGAAGUACCCGUCCACCAGACUAGCCGAGAAGUAUACCAAGAGACCGAGGUUUAACGUCGGGGAGAAGGUGUACUAUAACUGCGCUACAGGCUUCAUUCCUCACAGAGGCAGCCGGGCCGUGCAGUGUAUUAAUGGAGAAUGGACCAAGCUCACACUAAAAUGUGAAAAGAAAUCAUGUGGCAAUGCCGGAGAUCUGCCAAAUGGGCACUUUGAGUAUGAAGGGAAUUCAUUUGUUGGGGAGAAGGUUUACGCAGUAUGCAACAGUGGAUACACUCUGAAAGGACGCAACUACAUGAUAUGCAAGAAGACCGGCUGGACUGGCAAAGUCCCCUCUUGUGAAGAGGGUGAGACCACCUGCUCAAGUCCUGCUGUGGCCAACUCUGUGAAGAGUGGUGGAUCUGUUUCUGUGUACCGUGUGGGAGAGAACGUAACCUUCACCUGCAGCCCAGGUUUCCAGCUGGAUGGAGCUCAGCAGGUCACAUGUGGGCCAGACGGCCAGUGGCAGCCUAAACCCCCACAGUGCCUGCCCUCACCUGAUAAAAAUGAACCAACGCCUGGCUAUCAAGAAGCAGGUAAAUGUGGGGUACCAGAAGCCAUCGAAAAUGCCAGCCCUGCUGACAAGUACUUCAAAAUUAAAUCGUUCGCUUCUGGUGACAGAGUCCAUUACGUGUGUAAUAUUGGAUACAUUCCAUCAAGGGGCAGCAGAUAUCGCAUGUGUGACAAUGGAAAAUGGACACCGAUAACACUCAAAUGUGAACGAAGGUCAUGUGGCUCUGCGGGCGAGAUUCUAAAUGGACAGUUUAUGUAUGAUGGAAUCGAGUUUGGAGACGUUGCUACAGUCAUCUGUGAUGAGGGGUAUAUUCUUGUGGGAAAGGCAACCAGAACCUGCAUGAGUAACGGCUGGGAUGGACGUAUUCCCGUUUGUGAAGCUGUGGAUUGUCCGGAGCCUCCAGAAGUGGCAAAUGCUGAGAGGAGUGGCACACAGGAGUCACCUUACAUAUACAGGAGUGUGAUUCACUAUAAGUGUCGUGUGGGAAGACUUAUUGGACCAAAGGAGAUAUGGUGUACAGAGGAUGGGACAUGGAGCUCACCACCUCCACAGUGCAAAGAAAUGACAUGUCUGCCUCCAAAUGUUCCCAACGCCUACUGGAUGGGAGCUCACACCAACCAGUAUCAACACAGGGACACUCUAUAUAUCGAGUGUAAACGUGGCUACAGUAUGACUGGCCUGAACACCGUCACCUGCGGUAGUGAUGGGAAAUGGUCACCUGACCCUCCCACAUGUGGAAGAACACAACGGAGGACAUACCAGCGGCACUACUAGACAAGCUGAAAUGUGAGCUGCAGUUUAAACCAUUAAACAAAGGCCAGUGGAAGAUGGGGAAAUAUAGUCCUUUAAGCUACACUAAAUCUUCCUUCUAAAGCAAACCAAUGAUAUACUAAUGAUAUAUUUUUGUUAUUUCCUUUUUCCUACUUGACUUUUAUAAACUCAUUAUAAAGACAUUAAAGUGUUUGAAAUGAA